CCGCUUGUGGAUCUCAAUUGUAAGUAAAGCGCAAAGUCGUAGGUAGAGCGCAAAGAACCACAGCCUUUUCUUGGAUGUUCUCAAGCGAUUCGGUAAUAUUAACCACGUUUCUAACGCGUCUCUAUCUAGGAGCUAAGGUCAUUAUGGAACCGUAUGCGUAUGUGCAUGUCUUUCAUUUCCUAAGUAUAUGGAACUGGAAAGUGCAUCAAUAGUGUGCGCAUCAGGUAAUGUCCAUACAAUUCGCCUCCACGUAAUCGCCGUGCAUGCUGCAGAACCCUAGCUAACCAGUAUGGCACACUCAAAUAUGUAUUUUACAGCGCACAUAUAAGACCACCCGCAGCUUCACAGAGGACGGAACCUCGACAUCAAGGCCCAUCUGGUAGAAUGCCGAACACAACUAAUCCCCCUGAGCUACUACCAGACCAUUGGAAGGUUCCAGAUUCUAGAGAGUGGCCUAAAGGCUCCAUACUAUUCCAAGCACUCUGUCUGAUCUCCAUAGGAAGAUCGUCCCUUGACAAUCACUGGAAAUCUAAGAUAGACGAUGGUGAAUGGGAGAAGCAUAGGCAGAAGGUCGUCGAGAGACUGAGUAAUACUAACAUUGCAGGCUUGGUGCUCACUACUUCUGCGGUCUUUCUUUCAACAACACCUCCCCUGACAUCAUUUCUUCCGUACACAAUACACGGUUGCUAUGUUUUUGCCUUUGGGUCAUUCGCACAUGCCCUCGGUGGCUUGGCCUGUGGUAUAGCUGUGGUUAACAUAUACGAAGCCUGCGAUCGAGAAUGGGCUAAAGAUGUCUUGAUGGCCACCCGCUCUCGAGUGUGCUGUACACUUAUAUUCUUGAGCUGGCCGGCUGUAUCCCUCACUGUUUCUAUCGUCUUUCUGACGAUAUCUCUUAUGACGGCGUGUUAUGCUUCUGGAGUCUGGUGGCUUCAAUUCUUGGCGACAGUAGAGAUCAUGACCUGGGUGUGGCUACCACCUCUCUUUGUCUGGUGUGCACUCGAAAAGACUCUGCCACCAAACGUCAGACACGACCUCAAAUCUAAACGGGCGAACGUCCCCGCAGUGCCAUGAGUCCCAUGACUUAGGGGAGACUGGUGGAUAUCACUAUAGAGUCUUGUUCCUAUAUAUUCACCUACGAGUUCUGCUGAUUGCGAAGUUCGUUGUGGGCUGGGUUGGGCACUUCACUGACGUAUGUCGGAAAUUUCCGAAGUCGGUUGCAAUCACGCACCUUUGAGACUCGGCUUCAACCGUAUUGAUACCGAGUCGGGAUAUUCGUACCUAAGCUUCACUAUUGGGUCCCAGUAGGACUAUUCAUAUCGAAGUUGCGUCAUUGAAAGUUAGUCACAUUAUUGAU